CGGUUGCCCGAGGAGACGCACUGCGCGCACCGGCGGCUCCCGCGCCCCCUGGCUCCCCGCCGCCCGCGGGUCCGAGCGCGCAGCGGGGCCCCGGCCGCCAUGAGCUGCUCCGGCCGCCGGCGCCCGCAGCCCACCCGCCGCGCCGCCUUCGGCGUCAAGUCGCCAGCGCCCGAGGAAACUUAUUAUCAUCUCUUGGAAGUCGCAGUUACUCGGGAGCAGUUAAACCACUAUCGGAAUGUGGCCGAGGCUGCCCGGAGUGAACUUGCAGCAACUCUGGUCAAAUUUGAAUCUGCUCAGUCUGAGCUUCGAAAACUGCGAUCCAAGAUGCUUUCCAAAGAAGUUUCCUGUCAAGAGUUGAAAGCUGAAAUGGAGAACUACGGAGAAAACAAUGCCAGAGAAUCGUCUCUCCUCACCUCUUUGAGAGAUAGAGUUCAGGAGCUAGAAGAAGAAUCAGCGGCACUCUCCACUUCUAAAGUUAGAACUAAAAUCACAGCUCAGUCUGCAGUCAAGGAGAACCAGGAGUUAAAGAAGAAAGUUGUAGAACUGGACGAGAAAUUGCAAAGAUGUUUAAAGGAAAACAAGGAGAAUAAGGAUCAAGUCUCACAGAAUUGCAGGGAACAUGAGGAAUUUCUGGCUUAACUUCAUGACUGCUUAGAUCCAGGGAAGAAGAAUGAAAAGGCAUCAGAUGAAGAUUUAAUUCUAAAGCUUGGAGAGCUGUGCAAGGAAAACGCAUUCAUGAAAGGACAAAUCGUUACUCUUGAAGAGACUAAAAAUGUCCAUGAGAUGGAGGCAAAAGCUAGCAGAGAAACAAUCAUGACUGCUUCAGAAGUAAACAGAGAGCAGAAAGAAGCUGCCUCCUGCGUGGAAGAGAAAGAGAAGCUGAACCAGGACUUGCUCAGUGCUGUAGAGGAGAAAGAAGCUCUUGAAGGGGAAGUUAAGAUCCUCCAGGAAAGGCUGCUUGCUGGCCAGCGGGUCUGGGAUGCCUCAAAGCAGGAGCUGAACCUCUUGAAGAGAAGCUCUCUGGAGUUGGAGAAGAGUUUGAAGGCCAGUGUGGAUGCAGCCACAGCCUUGCAGAGCGAGUACUCCUCAUGUAGGGAGAAAAUUGCAGCCCUCCUGAGGAGCAGCUCGGGCACGCUUAGGCCCACGGAGGAUGCCAUUCUGGAGAGGAUUCGAGAAAUGGGCGACCGGGAAGAGAGCGGGAAAUGGAUGGUCUCCUAGGUUGAAGCCCAAAUAUCUGAGCUUGUUGAACAGUUGGGAAAUGAGUCUGGGUUUCACCAGAGAGCUCUACAGAGAGCCCAGAAAGCAGAAAACAAGUUGGAGACUCUUCAGGGUCAGCUGACACAUCUGGAGGGAGAGCUGGUCUCUGGAGACGUUUUGUGAGACAACUUGAAUUUCGAGAAGCAAAAAUAUCUUAAAUUUCUGGAUCAGCUUUCAGAGAAGAUGAAGUUGGACCAGAUGGCUGCUGAACUUGGCUUCGACACGCGUCUGGAUGUAGUUUUAGCUCGCACAGAGCAGCUGGUCCGCCUCGAGAGCAGCACAGUCAUUGAAAACAAGAUGGUCGCCUACAGUUUACAGAGAAAGCUAAAGACUCAGAAAGAAAGACUGGAGAGCAAAGAGCUGCACAUGAACCUCCUCUGGCAAAAAAUAGCCCAGCUGGAGGAGGAGAAGCAGGUGCAUUUGGCAUCGGCCGUGGAGAGGGACGAGGGCAAUGUCACCAUCAGGAAGUUGCAGAAGAAGGUGGAGAGGCUGCAGAAGGAGCUGAGUGUGUGUCGAGAAUCGAACACUGACCUCAAAGCCAAACUGGCUGACACCAGUGAGCUUCAGAUUAAAACUUUGGAACAGACCAAAGCUAUUGAAGACCUAAAUAAAUCCAGAGACAAACUGGAAAAGAUGAAGGAGAAUGCUGAGAAAAAGCUACUGUCUGUCAAAUCAGAAUUGGAGACUACAGAGCAUGGGGCUAAGGAGAGUAAAGAGAGGGCCAGAAACAUGCUAGAAGUGGUAACCAGUGAAAUGAAGACAUUAAAAAAAUCUCUGGAAGAAGCAGAAGAGAGAGAAAAGCAGCAGAGAUCAAUUGCAGGAAACAAUCCCAAUUCUCAAACAGUGGCACCCAGACCUGAUGGCCGACCAAGCCCAGAUGUAAACCAUAAAACAGAACUCAUGCGCCCGCUGGUUGCAAGGAGGAGUUUUAUCUGCUGGUGGACUUCAGGGAGGUGGUUUCUCAAAUACUGGCCUUGAACAUGACCAUUCUCGCUCUUCCUGACUAUGAAAUCAUCAAAUGUCUUGAAAGACUGAUCCAUUCACACCAGCAUCACUUUGUCACCUGUGCCUGCCUCAAAGAUGUGACCACAAGGCAAGAUGGACACCCACAAGGCCACUUACAACUUCUUCAUUGAACACCAUAUCUCUUGAGGGAGGUGGAGAUGAGAGAUAGGACAGAGUUCUCAAUUUCACAAAUUCCCCAAACCUUUGAAGUUUGAUCAGUGUGUGAACAUCGUAUACUUUGAUGAUAGAGCAAGAAUCGAUCAUGGGCAAAAAAGGAUCUCAAAGGUGCCAGCCUUAGGUAAAUGUUUGGCGCUAAAAUCACCUAUUAUUUUAUUUGCUAGCACUUUGGGACCCAGAUGAAUUUCACUAGAUUGUGUAUCUAGAAUGGGAAAUGACGGUAGGGGAUUAACAAUUAUGGGGUUUCUAUUAUGAGUCAGGAGUUCUACUACCCAAUUUAAUUCUCAUAAUAACCAUGUGGAGAAACUUUAAUGUUUUUACUUUACAACCUCUCUGGGGCUUGAGAGGUGAUCUUGGUUACCUACCUAUGAUUGCAGUUAGUUAGUGACAGAACCAGAAUGAACACCAGGUCGGCUCAGUAUCAAAGACUGCACCUUCUCUGUUAUUUCACAGUCCUACUGUUUCUCCUGAAAUUCCUGCGAUUCUGGUGGAAAUUGCCUUCAUCACAAAGGAAGGAAAACAUCUGUACAAUCAAGAAUUGAAGUCCAAAAGUGACUGAGAUUUAUGAGUGUAACCCACAUGAUUUCUUUAAAAAGCCAUACAUGGGCUUCCCUGGUGGCGCAGUGGUUGAGAGUAUACCUGCCGAUGCAGGGGACGCGGGUUCGUGACCCGGUCCGGGAAGAUCCCACAUGCCGCGGAGCGGCUGGGCCCGUGAGCCAUGGCCGCUGAGCCUGCGCGUCCGGAGCCUGUGCUCUGCAACGGGAGAGGCCACAGCAGUGAGAGGCCCACAUACCGCAAAACAAACAAACAAACAAGCAAACAUACACUGUCAUAAUAUUAUUUUUCCAUUUUGACUUAUCAUUAAUUGUAUUUCCAGAUUCAUAUAAGAGAUUAAAAAUGGUCCAUACUAAAAAUGGUUAGUCCUGUACUUUUUCCUUAUUACACAAAAUUACAUUCCAUUUAUCUAAAUAUGCAUUUAUCUAAUAUUUCCAAAAUAUAACUCAAGCAUAGAUACAAUCAUCUUUAAUACAUAUAGAAAUAUUUAAAGUGUUUGAAUAUAGUCCUUAGGAAUUUCUGGUGGAAAGACUAUAUGGGAUAAGAAAAAUAAAUUCUGUCUAUGUAUAUAUGUCGAUAUGCGCAUUAACUGUUUGUCAUUUGGACAAACUGAGACUCCGUUAAUAAAGCCGUUUCCAUUCUUGUUGAAAUGCCAGUUGGUUGUCGGCUUUCCCUCUGUGGCCUUCAUUCCAGAGGUGGCAGGCCAGCUUCACAUUUUUGUUCUUCUGUAAUAUCCAUGUAUAUUUCAUGUUGUCCAGUAAAAUGCAUCAGUGUGA